CUACCCUCCUGUUAUUAACGGAGUCUAGCAGUUGAUUCGAGUCGAGUUGCGUCGAGUUGAGUAUACGCUCGAGUUUAGUUUGGGUUUCACUUGGUGCUGGUGAUUGUUCGACGUUGGUCGGACUCUCGUCUUGACAGCCCUUGUCAUUGUCAUUAUCACUGUCAUUGACGCUGUCAUUGACGCCGUCAGUUGACUGAAUUUUGUUUAUUCGUGUGUUACAGAAAAUUUGUGCUCACGGGGUUACCGGGUCACGUUAACUACUGGCCUAUUUGGCUUUCGUACCAUAAUACAAAAUAGUAGUAAAAAAAUAAAAAGUAAAAUCGCCCAUGCGGGAUUUUAUUUAUAUUUUUAUUAUGGGCUGUAUUUAUGGAAAUAUACGUGAUUGCUUAGGGGUUUUCAUUCAUGAGAAGCCCUGGUAGUUUGUCAGUUUGUUCGAAUGAACAUUAAUGUAAUUUCAGUCCUGGAUAAUGUCAGUCGUUCCUUAUUAGACUCAACGUCUUGUCGCGUGUGACGAUUAUUGUUAUUAUAAUAAUAACUUAUUGGCUUUAAAUAUUUUAUAUUUUAAAUCCUAAUGUCGCCACGCCUUUGGGACAACUGUCAUCGCCUUUCUGUUGGGAUUUAAGGUUAACCGCCACCUACACCCACGCACUGGCGGUCUACAUACUCAAUUUAUUUACUUCCAUACAUCACUACCACAAGUACAAAACGGUCCUAAUUGCCGGUUUGCCAGCGCAAGGGCCACGACAGAGCAGCUGUGGGAGAGGGAGACUGUGGAGGAGCCAAGAAGAAAUGAGGCGGACGUGACGUCACAAUGACAUGAUGAAGAGCCUGGUGGGAAUCAUGUGGAUAGUCUUGGUUCUCAUAUCAGGAUGCUCCGGAAAUCCGGACGCAAAACGACUCUACGAUGAUCUUCUAUCAAAUUACAACAAACUCGUGCGCCCUGUAGUCAACGUCACAGAUGCACUUACUGUUAAAAUUAAGCUUAAGCUUUCGCAACUCAUAGACGUGAAUUUGAAAAACCAAAUAAUGACGACAAAUCUCUGGGUGGAACAGUCGUGGUAUGACUACAAGCUACAGUGGGAUCCUAAAGAGUACGGAGGGGUUGAAAUGCUUCACGUACCGUCCGAUCACAUAUGGCGACCUGAUAUAGUUUUGUAUAACAAUGCUGAUGGUAACUUUGAGGUGACCCUUGCCACAAAGGCAACGUUGAAUUACACAGGCAGAGUGGAUUGGAAACCACCUGCUAUCUACAAGUCUUCCUGCGAAAUCGACGUAGAGUAUUUCCCCUUCGAUGAGCAAACCUGUGUCAUGAAAUUUGGCUCCUGGACUUACGAUGGCUUUCAGGUUGACUUGAGACACAUCGACGAAGUCCAUGGCAACAAUGUCGUUGAUAUUGGAGUUGAUCUUUCCGAAUUUUAUACUUCAGUCGAGUGGGACAUUCUCGAAGUUCCCGCUGUGAGAAAUGAAAAGUACUACACGUGUUGCGACGAGCCUUACCUCGACAUCACCUUCAACAUAACAAUGAGAAGAAAAACAUUGUUCUACACAGUUAAUUUGAUAAUACCGUGCAUGGGAAUAUCCUUUUUAACAGUAUUGGUGUUCUAUCUACCGAGCGACAGCGGAGAAAAGGUCAGUCUUUCUAUAUCUAUUCUCCUGUCACUGACUGUGUUUUUCCUCCUGCUAGCUGAAAUUAUUCCGCCUACUUCGCUGGUCGUUCCACUACUCGGUAAAUUCGUAUUAUUUACGAUGAUCCUCGAUACUUUUAGUAUAUGUGUAACGGUCGUAGUAUUAAAUGUUCAUUUCCGAUCACCGCAAACUCACGUCAUGGCGCCGUGGGUCAGACGAGUUUUUAUUCAUGUAUUGCCUCGAUUACUGGUAAUGCGCAGGUAUGAUUUAAGACCGCAAUACCAAAUAGAUCGGCGAAGUUACGAUCGUCAACGUGUGAUGGUCAGAACGUGCAAUGGUCUAGAAGUACGUGACCCGACACUUUUUGCGGAGGAUCCAGGAGCGGAGUUCGUAGAGCCGCCUAUGCUGUUUCCAAGUGUCGACUCGCGAGAUGAAUUAAAUCCGCGAGAACUGGAGGCUGUUAAUCUGGGCAGCGGAUGUCAAAUACACGGUUCACCAGCAAGUAUACCACCACCGCCGCAGCUUCCUACUGAAGAUAGCGUUGAUGCUUUAUGCAAGACUCUGAAUAACUGGCAUCACUGCCCAGAGCUUUAUAAAGCUAUCGAAGCAAUAAGAUUUAUUGCCGAUCAUACUAAAAGAGAAGAAGAUUCAACUCGAGUAAAAGAAGAUUGGAAAUACGUAGCAAUGGUUUUAGACAGAUUAUUCUUAUGGAUAUUUACACUGGCGGUUGUUGUAGGCACUGCUGGUAUUAUUUUACAAGCACCAACUUUAUACGACGAUCGCAUACCCAUCGAUGUUAGACUAUCAGAAAUAGCAUCAACCACUGCCAAACCGCACAUCGUUACAACCCUCUGAGUAACGUUUGGUGUUUUGUAAGACUCAAGUUAUUAAUUAAAAGAAAACAAAACAUAAAAA